UAGGUAUCCAAGUGAAAAAUCGAGCGCGUGUCAAAAACACGAAUAUUUCUCCCCAAAGUAACACCAAUACCAGCCGUGUAUAUAUCGAAAUGUUCGCAAUAUUCGUAUAAUCAUUAUUAUAAGUACCGUAUAAAUACCGAAAGACUUACUUAUCCAUAUCGUACGGUCAAGCCACUGAUCUCUGGUCAAGCGACUGAACAACAGCAUCGACAAUUCCGCGGAUUCACGGGACCAGAAAAGUUGCAGCCCGGGACCUGGGGAGUAAAACAUCAACGAGGCUAGGAUGGCGCGAGUCGUGGCUAUCAAGGAGACCCUGGAGCAAGCGCUGAAGGAUGAGAGCAAGCCCUGGACGCGUUACCUCGCCCUUGCCGAAAAAAAAUCCGGCCUCGACAGGCUCUACAUAUUCGUAGCAUCAGUCUUAUUCUUGGCCCUCUACCUAGUCAUUGGCAUAGGACAGCAGCUUGUUUCAAAUGUAAUUGGAUUCUUGUAUCCAGCUUACUGUUCUAUGAAAGCCAUCGAAACAAAAGAAAAAGACGAUGACACAAAGUGGCUGACAUACUGGGUAGUAUUUGCAUUCUUUACUAUAGUCGAGACCUUCUCCGACUAUAUUAUUGGCUGGUUCCCAGUAUAUUGGCUUGCUAAGUGUCUUUUCUACAUUUGGCUGAUGAUUCCUACAGAGUAUAACGGCUCUUUAGUCCUCUACCGGCGUAUAAUUCGUCCAAGAUUCCUCCAAUAUCACACUAGCGUUGAUGAUAUGUUAGCUGAAGCUAAAGGAGCAGCUCUGAAAGCAGCUGGGGUGGCGAAUGCAAAGAAAGAUUAAGGUCAGAUGACUUUCUAGCAUCUUCCAAAAAUAUUUUCCAAAUAUUAGAAAAUCAAGACUUGCGAUAAAUUCUUCUCACCCAUUCCUUUAUUAAUUAAUGCAAUAAUGUUUAAAGACGAAAAUCCCUAAUACAAUAUUCUCUUAUGUGACUCUUCAAAAUUUUUAGGUACUUAAAAUAGUGCUGUACAUAGAAAAAUUUACCAAUUUUUUUUUUUUUUCGGUUAAAAUGUAAAAAUUCCCUAUUAUAAAUUUCGUGUCGGACAGUUUGAAACCAAUUGUGCAAAGUGCCUGUAAUAUUAUUGAUAUUUUUAAGUGGAUUUUCGAUGUUAUUAAUUUUUAUAAGGAUUAUUGUCUUGUGCCAUUUUCAGUUACUAUUCGCACGCAAGCGGUUAAGAGUGAUUUAUUCAUGGCAGAGUUUACGAGAUAAAUGUAAAUUCCUUGUUUAAAAAAACAUUCAAAAAAUGACAAAUUUUUUUUUUUAUACAUAAAACUUAUUUUUUCUUGUAAAGUUCCAAACUUGAUACACCUCAUUGAUAAGUUUUUUAAAAUUAACGUAUAAACAUGCAUUCUUGAAUGCUAGCAAAGAAUUUUUCACGGUGCUGGAGUCGCUUCAAAUAGUAAAUGUUGAUUCAGUUUAUGAAUAAAAUUCAAAUCUGGCUUGGAAUCAUUAAAAUGAAAGUAAAGAAAGUCUGCAGCACGCAUGAAAAAAAUCGUGUGAUACUCACUUGAAAAAUCGAUGCAUGGUACAAACAAAAAAAAUGUAUAAUAUUAACUUAUUUUUAAGAAGUACUAAGCAAAUUAAAAGGAAUAUAUUUCUUCAUUCGCGUGGUUGAGGUAGAUGAUUUUAUGAUUAGUGUAUAUAAAAAUAUCCAUGUGUACACGUAUCUGUAAGAUUUUUUGCUUCAAAAAGCUGUAAUGCAACAUAUCCAUCUGAAUUAAAAGAGUUGUUAAUAUGCACAAACUA